GAGGUUAACUAUUGGGAGUGUGAAGGCCUUCAGGCAUAGGCCACUGAAGUCGGUAGUCAAAAGGACUUCGCUCAACAUAAAAUUUCCUUCGUCUCCUCCCACUCCUACAAAUAGAGGCAGCGUGCAUGGCGUCAUCCUGAGCUACUUAAACUGGGAAAGAGAGUUCAGAUAAGAGGAGAGAGGAAAGAAUGGAGAGCAGAAGCCUUGUGUUGGGGGCUUCUUACAUGGCACUUUGUCUCUUGGUUGCUCAAGCUUUGGCAUCUGCCCAGAACCGGACGGCUCCCAUGGUUCCAGCAGUCAUAGUGUUCGGAGACUCCAUCGUGGAUGCAGGCAAUAAUAACGACCUGGAAACCAUCGUCAAGUGCAACUUCCCUCCCUACGGACAAGAUUUCAUCGAUCACCAGCCCACCGGAAGGUUCUCCAAUGGAAAAGUCCCUUCGGACUUCAUAGCUUCUAUGAUGGGUGUAAAGGAAUUGUUGCCUCCAUAUAUUGGCUAUGACCUUCAACCUGAAGACAUCCUAACUGGUGUGACCUUUGCUUCUGGCGCAACCGGAUACGACCCUCUCACCUCAACCAUUUUGAACGUUAUAUCCAUGCCGGAUCAGCUUAAGAUGUUUGAAGAGUAUAAAGAGAGGAUGAAGGCCAUAGCCGGAGAAGAAAGGACUGCAAGCAUUCUGUCCAAAAGUCUGUAUGUUGUGUGUGCUGGAACCGAUGAUAUCGCCAAUACCUACUUUACGACCCCAUUUAGGCAGCAACAUUAUGACAUUCCUUCCUAUGUGAACUUGCUGAUAACUGGGGCUUCUACCUUCCUCGAGAAAUUAGUUGAGAUGGGAGCCCAGAAGAUUGGAUUUGUGAGCCUUCCCCCCAUAGGAUGCGUACCAUCGCAAAGAACUCUUGGCGGAGGAAUCCUGAGAGAUUGUGAACCAACACGUAACCAAGCAGCACAGUUGUUCAAUUCCAAGAUAAAAGAGGAGAUCGACAUAAUUGCUGGACAACAUAAGGGCAUAAAGAUUAUCUACAUUGAUAUCUACUCCAUCUUACUUGAUCUUAUUUUGCAACCCUCAAAAUAUGGAUUUGAUGUAUCCACGAAGGGAUGUUGUGGUACCGGAGAAUUAGAGGUCUCAGUUCUGUGCAAUAGACUGACAGCUUCCACCUGUUCAAAUAUUACAGAGUACGUUUUCUGGGAUAGUUACCACCCAACUGAGAGAGCCUACAAGAUCAUGGUUGACAAAAUUUUCAAAGAUUACAUAAAAUUCCUGCUCUAAGGAUAUAUUUUUUUGUCUUCAUUGUCUCGUUAAUACUAUUCACUUUAUCGGCAAGCUUUAUUAAGUACCUACAGUAUGUUCCUUCAAUAAUUAACUUCAUUGUUGUAUGUUGGAGUGCUAGCCCUAGUCAUGUAAACCUUGAUUUGAUUUAGAGUUGCUCCUCCUUCUACAUUAAUAAGCCCUACUUACUUGAAAGUUCCACCUUUCUUGCA